UGGAAAUUUUCAAGUCCGUUCAAAACAUGUGGAAUGCAAUGGAAUAGACAUCAACGGCAUUUAAUUAAACAUAUUAGUAAGAAAGAUGAAAAAAUUGAAAUUUGGGUCUAAUGAUUAUAAAUAAGAUGGUUUGCACAUCUUUAAUCUUAUCUUACUUUCUUUUUUACUGAAUCAUCAAUAAAUCAAAUCAAAUCAAAUAUACAAAUAAUAAAAUGAGUGCAACUAAAGUUCCAGAACAAUUUUCCGGUUUCGCAGCUGAUAGUCCAGAAACUUGGGACCAUCCAAAGCUUGUUAAAUAUGCUCCAAAGAAAUUAUUACCUGUCGAUAUAACCAUUCAAAUUCAAGCUUGUGGUGUUUGUGGUAGUGAUUGUCACACAAUUAAAGGUAAUUGGGGUCCUUACAAUAGACCAGAUUUAGUUGUUGGACAUGAAAUUAUUGGUAAAGUUAUUGAAGUUGGUAGUCAAGUUACUAAGCAUAAAGUUGGAGAUAUUGUCGGUGUUGGUGCUCAAGCCAAUAGCUGUGGUGAAUGUUCUAGAUGUAAAUCUAACAAUGAACAAUAUUGUCAAAAGGGUGGUGUUUUCACUUAUAAUGCCCCAGAUCCAAAAGCUGACAAUUAUAUUACCCAAGGUGGUUAUGCUUCUCAUGUUAGACUUAAUCAACAUUUUGCUGCUGCAAUUCCAAAGAAUUUAGAUAUUCAUGAUGCUGCUCCAUUACUUUGUGGUGGUUUAACCGUCUAUUCUCCAAUUGUUAGAAACGCAGGUCACGAUUUAACUGGUAAGACCAUUGGUAUUGUUGGUAUUGGUGGUUUAGGAGCUAUGGCUUUACAAAUCUCCAAGGCUUUAGGGGCUAAGAAGGUUUAUGCUUUCUCAAGAACAAACUCUAAAGAAAAGGAUGCUAAGGCUUUAGGAGCUGAUGAAUUAAUCGCUACCAAAGAUAAUGCAAACUGGGUUGCUGAACACUUGGAUGAAUUUGAUUUAAUCCUUAACUGUGCUAACUCUGGAAAAGGUGCCAAUUUAGAUCCUUACUUACAAGUCUUAAAAUUAACUGGUGUUUUCGCUAAUGUUUCUGCUCCUCCAGCUGAUGAAAAAUUAGAAAUCACUCCAUUCCCAAUGAUCUUAAAUGGAUCCACCAUUAAGUCUUCCGCCAUUGGUUCUAUGAAGGAAGCUGAUGAAGUAUUGAAAUUAUAUGCUGACAAGGGAUUAAAACCAUGGAUUGAAAAGGUCGCUGUUAGUGAAGAUGGUGUUUCUGAAGUUCUUUCUAGAAUUGAUAAAGGUGAUGUUAAGUACAGAUUUGUGUUAUCUGACUUUGAAAAGUUCUUUAACUAAAUAAAUAAAAAUAUUAUCAAGUAAGUUAUUAUUAAUAAUUAUAAAUAGUCUUUAGCUUUUAUUGAUGUUUUAUUAGUGAAAUAUAUAAACAAUAUUAA